AUGCUUAACCUACCCAAGUCAGUGGUCCAUGUACCAUUAAUACAAUGUCGCGGUUGUUGCACUUCCAAAACUGUCAAUCGGUUUGCUAAACAAUCUCGUGGGCAUACAUCCAUUACUCGUCCUUUUGAAGUAAUUCAUGUUGAUGUAUGUGGUCCCUUUGAUCAGCCCAAGGCACACGACAAUGCAAGGUAUUUCCUCACUAUUGUUGAUAGAGUCUCUCGCUUCGUUACAGCGAUUCCAUUAGCUAGGAAAAGUGAGACUUCUACCAUGAUCAAAUCCUUUCUCCUGAAAAGUUAUACCGAUCUUCGUGCCUCCCACUUUCCCAAACAACUCCGCUCUGAUAACGGUUCGGAAAUUCUCAAUGAUAAUCUCAAAGAAUUUCUUAUUGACAAAGGCAUUGAUCUUCGUCUAACACAUCCUCACAGUUCUGCUGAAAAUGGAAUUGCAGAACGUAUGCACCGUACCUUACAAGACAAAGCAAGGACUCAAAUGGCUCAUGGUAAUAUUCCUCCCAUUUUCUGGUCUGAAGCUAUACGGUACGCUGCUUUCUUACUUAACUGGACACCACGUGUCAAUUUGAAGAACAAGGCACCUAUUCAUCUUUGGCAUGCCACUGAUCUGCUUACUUGUCCCACACUUUAUCCUUUUGGGUGUACUGCCUUUGUUACAAUUCCAUUAGAACUUCGCACUAACAAAUUGGCUCCCAAUGCGCUUGAAUGCGUCUACUUAGGUCCAGAUAUCCAACGGACUGGACAUCGCUUUUUCAGUUAUGACCUUAUGAAAGUAUUCGGGUCUGAUCAAGCUUUAUUUCGCCCAAACGAAUUUUACUUUCUUAACGUAUGCGAAUCCUAUCAUGAAACUUCCAACCAAUCAUAA